GAUAACAGAACGACCUUUAACGAUCAUGAUUUGCUCGGAAAACAGUCAGCCCAUCAAAUCAUUGAUAUCAGUGGUUGCAAGUUUACCAUUAAGCUGUAGGAGGCGCUUCAAACUCAUUAUCCUCAAGAUUAAUGGUAUAAAUUUCAUCAAACAAUCCGGAAUGCAAUAACAUUUAUUCGUGAAGAAAAUCACUGCCACUUACAAUUUACAUCCUGUCCCUGAUCGCGGAAGCACACCGAGAACAUCUUCUUUAAUAAAUGUCACAAGUAGCGAUAAAAAAGGAUUAGAGGUAUUAGCGCUUAAAUGGAUUUUCGAGGAACAAUGAUCAAGAAUAUGUGAACGAUAAGAGUAGCCAUGCAUAUAAAACAGUUCGUUCGACUGAUAUGGACCUGUUGGAAGCUGUUUUUCAGAUCUCCGCCCACUGUUGUGAUCUGAUAAACGAAGACCUUGUGUCUUACUGAGCUUGAAUAUGUUACAAAACUCGAAAAAGCCAGAUGCAGCCAGGCCAGAGAGAAAUGUUGGUUUGAGCAUGUAGCCGGUGCCCCGCAAACACACAGAACAGUGCCGGCCUCGCCAAUCAUGUUCAGUUGAUUAUCGAAACAUCAUUGAAUGACUAAACUCAAAUUAAACUUCGCCGACAUCGGGGCGCUCGCUAUUCUAGAGAUAACUGGCUUGACAUGAAUCAACGAAGCAUUUGAGGUUGAACCACGUAAGAGUCUAGAUCACGAUAAGGCAACCCUACGCAAACGAAGAAACGACUUGGACGACGUCUACUCCUUACAGCACCCUUAAGCUGUUUACUGAGAUGCAUCAAUCCAAAUUCAAGAGUAUAUUCGCACUUUUCGUGGUUUGCUGUCUCAGCACUGUUUGGCAGACUUCAUCAGAGGCGCUGCCUCCCUGGAAGCAUCUCAAGGGUGGUGUGGAUCAGCGACCCACAAGAGACAAGCUGAAACUAAAAUUUCCACUUGAACCAACCCGGUAUCCUAGCGAUCCGAUAGAAAGCGACUUUGACUUCGAGUCGCUGAAAAGAUUACUUGGCGAGGACUACGUUCCUGAAUAUAUUGCACUAACCAGAGAAGAGGUUUUAGAAAAGAAGGCCAAUGACACACUUUCACACGAGGAGGAUUUCAUGCGUAAAAUGUUGGUCAAAAGUAUGCCAGAGGAAAUUAAAAAUCUUGACUUUAAAAUGCCAGGUAUGAAAAGAUAUCUUGGACCUAAGGCAAGUAAAAAACUACAGCUUUGGCUAUGGCAAGUGUCGCACUGCUCAGUUUCACAGAAGUGGAAAGAUUUGGGAGUGCGCUAUUGGCCUCAUUUCAUUAACGUCGGGAGGUGCUCCAAGAAGGCAACGUGCUCCUUCCCUUCAGGAAUGAAAUGCCGGGUCUCAAGUACAAGGAAAGUCGGAGUUCUUCGCUGGCAUUGCUUGGAAAGAUUCGCCCAACGAAACGAGACUAACUGCACGUGGUUGAAGUUUGAAUACCCUGUGAUCACCGAAUGCAAAUGCGCCUGUCUCUAAUGAGACCGAUGGGAGUCAGGAGUAGUCCAUUUAGGGUUUCACUACCUGACGUAAAGGGUCACACAUGCGAUCCUAAAAUUAGAGAUUCGAAGUCUUUUAACUUUUAUGGAAGGAAAUUAGUCAUAAGAAGGCAGAACUAGAACUUGUGCAUUUUGGAAAAAAAUGUUGUCCAAGCUUUUGUUUGACAGGUAAGUUCCAUUAUGCGCGGCCUUUUCUUGGAUGAACAAAAAGCUUGUCUCGUGCGGGCUUGUUGAAUUAGCUGAAUACCAAGGUCAGAAUAAACAAAUUCGCACCUCAUUUAUAGGCUUAGAAUUACAGCAUGUCAAGGAACUAAUUAUAUAAUCUGGAAAAUCAUCCUAGAUGUAAUAAGAACUUUUUAAAAGGUAUUACACCCACAUUUAGGAACAGCACAGUGGUGCUCUAAUACAGAUACCUAUGAUGUUACAAUCGUCAGUUUUCUGUUAUCCAUUAGAGAACACCUGAGUUUACUUUACGCUCUAUACCAUCAACGCCUUAGAAAACACUUCCUAAUGUCUCCGACACGCGUAGAUCGGUAGCAAGAUAGAGAAAGCCGUUUCCGGCCAUUUUUAAGCCACUAAAUCUAAAAUCAACAAUUUAAAAAACCACUAUUGUUCUGAACCUGGUUCAGAUGCAUUGACGACGGUAAAAAAUUUUUGGGCGAUUGGUCACGAAUCAGUAAGAAAGCUGAUCUUUCUAAGAGACUGAAAUGCCCCAAAGAGAACAAUGUACUUAUUAUGUUGGAAGUACGACGCAAACUGUUGAAUCCAUUUUUGAAAGCUCAUAUCGUUACGUUAUAGUUUAAAGUAUACCUAUCGCACUAUCGGCAUCAGCUGAAAUGUUAAAAACCAUUAUAUAGGUGAAGUUCAUUAGCACGGUUCUAGAGUGCCCUUGGUCCCGUUUUGUUUACCUCAAAGUUAUAAAUAUAAGUGAAUCAAUCCAGCUAAACUCGUUUUAAGUUUCAGAGAUUGCAGCGAUUUUUCUCUUCUUGCAAUCCUCUAAGUUAGCCCAAUGCUUUCCCCGCGCCGUUUUUGUAUGUUUUCCUGAAGCGCUUCUAAAAAUAAUCCAAAGAAAUCUUAAUGAACACGAAAACGGAAAACGAUAAUAAAAGACUUAAUAAGGUUUUGCUAAAAACUGAUCUUACGGUUUACCUCCCUUUGUUCCAGAAUUUUCAGUUGACCGAGUUUUAAUUUGAACACUAAUAACAACUAGCGGAAUAGAACUCAUACUCGCCAUUGUUCUUUUGUUGGCCAUUGUCAACCGUCGGAAGAACUGAGCCAAAAAUAAAUGACCUGUAUACAUGCAGCACAACUUCAAAACACACAAUCACAGAUGCUUCUGUUAUGACGCGUUUCUGUCCAAUAUUCUGAUUGUGGGGGUGGAAGAUAAAUAUUUCU